AUGGACAACGUGCAAAAAUAUGUCAGACGACGGGAUGCACGUAUUGGACAUGGGAAUUACAUGAAAAUUGGGCUCACAGCCACAGUUGCAGAAGCCGUUGACUUUGAUCCUGCUGUUGGGGACAUUGAUGACAAGCGGGCACGAAUCGCGCAGAACCUACGGGCUGAACUGACUGUGGAGAAGUUGCUUGGUAUGAUCGACAUCGCACAUUUUCGAAAAGUUGGCACACUCCAGUGGCUGCAUACACUUGUCACCUACAUCCCUCAACUGGCGAAGUAUCAGAGUGCGGUAGCGAAGCUUUAUAAGACAGAUGGAGCAAAGCUGUGCUUACCAAGCAAACAGAAAACCAUUAUGCAUCCCUUGGCGACAGUGGCCAAGAAUGAGAAUAUUAUGACCGAACUUCGAGAUGCACUGGUGGAUUUCCUGGGUGACGAGUUCCGCAGCUUCGAGAUCAUUCAGCCGUUCCUCGAGCUAUGGCAUACCGAAUGGACUCACCUGAGUCUCACGUAUGAAGCACACUGGGGAAGUUUACUUACACCGGAUCCUUCAAAAUUGGGACACAGCGCCUCGAAGAUCAAUCAGAAGGCACCAGCAAAUCUUAAGAAAGUCAAUUAUUACCCUGCGGCUUACACAUCUUAUCUUGUUCUUGAUGUCCGCAUGCUCGAUUGCUGGAGGAUCCUUCUGGAAACGGACGAUAUUUUGGAGCACUUUGCGGCUCUAGACAGGGAUGGUCAGCUACCCUUGCUGGACGAGCUUCAAGCAAAAGUGGAAAUACUAUAUUAG